CCACGGAGAAUGCCCCCCGUGCGGCCGGUCGCAAGAGAACCCACGCACGCGCUUACCACCCUGACCACCCUAAAUCCUAAUCCCAUCUCCUCCUAUUUAUGGCCAUCUCCGCAUCGCUGUUCUCUCCGCAAAUCCCCUACCAACCCUCUCUCACAGAUAACCAAAUUAUUCCUUAUCAGGCAUUCUUUCAAAAAGACACGGUUUUUCAAAGGGUGGAGCUUUUUCCAACAGGUGGCUGCGUUCGGAGGAGGAGGAGAAGGAGAUGGUGUCCUUGGUGUCCCGCCAGGGCCGGCAGUUGCAGCGUUAUAGCGACGGUGGCCGGCGUCUUGUCGUUGGAUGCAUACCUUAUAAAUUUAAUGUAGAUAAGGCAAUUAGUGAAGGAGUGGAUCAAAGAAUGGAGGUCUUGGUAAUUAGCAAUCAGAAAGGAUGUGGAAUGAUGUUCCCAAAGGGAGGUUGGGAAAUAGAUGAAACCAUAAAAGAAGCAGCUUCACGAGAGGCACUGGAAGAAGCUGGUGUACAAGGAAAAAUCGAGCGUAAGCUUGGCAAAUGGCGAUAUAAGAGCAAAAGUCACGACGCCUUUUAUGAAGGAAUCAUGUUCCCUUUAAAUGUGACAGAGGAGCUAGUCCGAUGGCCGGAGAUGGAUGUUCGUGAGCGGAGGUGGGUGAGUGUCGAAGAAGCAAAGGAGGGUUGCCAGCAUUUGUGGAUGAGAGAAGCAUUGGAGAGACUGGUGCGGCGUCUCGGGCAUAAAUCUGACUCAACAUAAUCGAUUCUUCGCCCUUAUAAUAUCAAGCAAAUUUCCAUCUUUUUUGUACAUACAUUCCGUUCGACAAUCAAACACCAAAGGAAGAUGACAGGAUUAGUGAUUAACGGAUGUGGGUCAAUGGAUUUGGACACCAAGAUGUCUGUGUUCCAAUCCUUUUUUUGUCAAAAAAUUUGCCUUUUUUGUCAAGAAAAUGUAUUUGUCCGGAUCAUCCAUUGUUACUUCUAACAUUGUUAUUGCUAACAUUGUUACUUCUAAUGAUUAUUUCAUUCUUUCAUUCUUUGAUAAUAAGAACAC